AGGAGGAGGAGGAGGAGGAGCUGCGGCGCCGCCUGAAGUAUUUCUUCAUGAGCCCCUGUGACAAGUACCGGGCCCGGGGACGGCGGCCCGUGAAGCUCGGGCUGCAGCUGGCCAAGAUCCUGCUGGUCACCGUGCAGGUUAGCAGAGAAAAGCAGCUGGAGCCACCGGGCUGCAGUCACGAGGAAGGAAACAGCCGGCAUGUGACCUGUGCCAUCAAGGGCUGCCCGUGUCACCCGGAGCAACCCCGUCCUGUCCCCACCCCUCGUGCUAAUGAGCAGCCUCUUGUGUUGAUUAACAAAACUGUAAUCAUCUUCUGUUGAUAAACACAAGGUAAUUAGCGGCGUGGGAAAAGGUUUAGAGCGCGUGGGCAGGGAAAAUGCCGACGGAGAGGUGGGGAAAAUCAGUGUCCCCUCUGCCACUGUGUUUCUGGGGUGGCACUGAGGGACACGUGUGGGUCCCCAUGGGGAUUGUUCUCCCCACGUCCUGUGCUUGACUGCAGAAAAUCAGCAGUGUUAAGUGUUGUCUUAAGAGGUUUUGGGGGAGAACGGGUGGAGAGUUGGGGACAGAGAGCUGCUCCUUGUCUUCUCGGGACCCCCAAGCGUAGGGUGAAGGAAGGAUAAUGCCAGUGUCCCCUCUGGGGUGGAGUGGCCGCAUUUUGGAUCCAUUUUCCAGAGCCACCGGGCACAGGAUUUAAUCCCGGUCCCUUUGUCUGUCAGCUCAUCCUCUUUGGGCUCAGCAACCAGAUGGUGGUGACCUUCAAGGAGGAGAACACCAUCGCCUUCAAGCACCUCUUCCUGAAGGACUACGUGGACGGCGCCGACGAUUCCUACGCCGUCUACACCCAGCACGACCUCUAUGACCGCGUGUUUUAUGCUGUGGACAAGUACUUGGCCAUUCCCUACGAGACCAUCGGUCGCUACGCCUACGUGCGAGGGGAGAGCGGAGGCAACCAGUCGGCCCUCAUGCUGUGCCAGCAGUACUACCGCAAAGGGCGCAUCGACCCGGCCAACGACACCUUCAACAUCGACCCCAAGAUUGUCACAGACUGCCUGGGAGUGGACCCCGAGGACCCACAUCCUCUGCCCCCAGAGCUGGACCGCAACUACAAGAACUUCACCUUCAAAUUUCACAAGCUCAUCAACGUCACCAUCCAAUUCAAGCUGAAAGCCAUCAACAUCCAGACCAUCAUCAACAACGAGAUCCCGGACUGCUACACCUUCACCAUCACCAUCACGUUUGACAACAAGGCCCACAGCGGCCGGGUGAAAAUCCGCCUCGACAACCGGGCUGACAUCAAGGAGUGCAAAGGCCACAGCGUCUUUGGCCGAGGUGACAACUCGUUCCGGCUGUUCUUCGACGUUAUCGUGAUCCUUGUCUGCUCCCUCUCCUUCAUCCUCUGCGCCCGCUCCAUCAUCAGGGGCCUGAUGCUGCAGCACGAAUUCAGCCAGUUCUUCCAGCGCCGCUACAACCAGAGCGUGUGCCUGUCGGACCGCAUGGAGUUCCUCAACGGCUGGUACAUCCUGCUGGUCAUCAGCGACGUCCUCACCGUGCUGGGAACCAUCAUGAAGAUCGGCAUCGAGUCCAAGAACUUUGCUGAUUACGACGUCUGCAGCAUCCUCCUGGGCACGUCCACGCUGCUGGUCUGGGUCGGGGUCAUUCGCUACCUCACCUUCUUCCAAAAGUACAACAUCCUCAUCGUCACGCUGCGGGUGGCCCUGCCGAACGUCAUCCGCUUCUGCUGCUGCGUGGCCGUCAUCUACCUGGGCUACUGCUUCUGUGGAUGGAUCGUGCUGGGACCGUACCACGUCAAGUUCCGGUCCCUCUCCAUGGUGUCCGAGUGCCUCUUCUCUCUCAUCAAUGGGGACGACAUGUUCAUCACCUUCGCCGAGAUGCAGCAGAACAGUUACCUGGUGUGGCUCUUCAGCCAGAUCUACCUGUACACCUUCAUCAGCCUCUUCAUCUACAUGGUCCUCAGCCUCUUCAUCGCCCUCAUCACCGGCUCCUACGAGACCAUCAAGCACCAAUGUGAGGGCGAAACACCCGUGUCCCAGCUCCACGCCUACAUCGCUGAGUGCAAGGACAGCCCCAAGUCGGGCAAGUACCGCCGCGACAGCGCCUCGACCUGCUCCGUCUUCUGCUGCUGUGAACGGGCUCCUCUGCAGGACAACACGAUGCUGGUGAACUGAGGGAGGAUCCCAGCACUCGAGGUACCCCACACUCCUGCUGGCCACAAGCCCUCUAAUUUAUUUUAUUAUCUGCUUUUAAUGACUCGGAGCUCAGCACCGGCCCCAAAGGAGUGAAAAGAAAUGGACACCCCCCAGGUAAUGGGGAGCACAGAUGGACGCCUGUCCUGUUAUUUUUCCCUCGAUGGACACUGUGCCUCUAUGCCUGGAAUGCUGAACUAGAGCCUGGCAGCAACUCGGGGGCUCGGCUGCAGCCCCUCAGCUGUAUUUUGGGGGCUUUGUGGGGCUCAGCUCCGCUUCCUUUGCAUCAAGGACUUGGCUGAUGCCUCAUCCUGAAGCCCUGCAGCCCCUCGGCUGUGUCCUGGACUCAUCCCUGCCCUCGCUCCCCAGCCCAGCUGCCCCUGGGCCACAUCCUGAACUUGCCUAGAGCCUCGUGUCGGAGCCACGCGGCGCCCUGGGGACGCAUCUUGGCCUUUGUCCUACAGCUCCACAGCCCUUUGGCUGCACUAGAGACUUGUCCUUACCCAGAUCCUGCAGCCCAGCUUCCCCUUGGCUGCAUCAGGGACGUGUCUGGGGCUUUACCCCUAAGCCCUGCAGCCUCUCAGCCACUUGCAGCCCCUUGGGGCCGUCAGAGCCUUGGGAAUAAGGACAGGAACAAGCCCUGAGCCACCUGGUGACAUCAGGGUCCUGUUUGGGGCCGUGGUCAGGAGCCCGCAGCCCCUUUGGCCUCACUGGGGCCCUAUCCCUGUCUCUGCACCCCCCAUCCCCCCAACCAUUUUAGGGGCCUGUUCAGGCACAAAGGGCUGCAGAAGUCCGCCUUACGCCUCCGUCCCAUCCCAACCACGGGGCCCAGCAGCCACUCUGUGCCCCCCUGCCCUUGCUGCUGGCCGCUCUGUGGCCCUGGGGCCGUGCUGUUGGCACAGGGCCGCGUGUUUACAGCCCGGGCCAAGGGAAGCUUUGUCCUUGGGGCCGCAGCUGCUCUGCGCUGGAGCACGGCCAACAGCUGCUGGUUCCAAGCGCGGCUUUGCGCUGAGAAAGGCCGAAAUCGGCCCAGGUGGAGGCCGGGCGGUGAUCGGAAUGCUGUUUUCAUGGGUGGAACGAGUUGUGGCUGUUCUCAGCCCGCAGAGGGAGCGUGGGGGGAAUAAAGCGUUUUGAGGGGAA